AUGGCAUCUUUGAGACUAACUUUUGCUGUGGUUACGACCAUUGUGGUCGCAUGUAUGCAUUUUCCCACAACGUUGGCUGCAACCGGCUACGUAGUCGGUGGUGCCAAUGGGUGGUCUAUGCCUCAAAAACCCAACCAUUAUGAGAAUUGGACAAAAGGAAAGAGAUUCAUCAAAGGCGAUGCAUUCUUUUGGGUGUUUAAAGAAGGACAACAUUUCGUCGCAGAAGUACCAUCAAAGGAGGCGUGGGACGCAUGCAACACCACCGCUUCUACCACAGUUGAUGUAACGGGUCAACUCAUUGAAUACCUUGUGGAUGUUAAAACUCACUAUUACGUUUGCAAAUACCAUUGUUCAAAGGGUAUGAAAGUAAUCAUCGAUAUCAAAGCUUCGUAG